AUGGGGGAGCCUCUGGAUGCUCUGCUGGAUACACGCAGCCUGAUGGCACCACUCGACCUGCUCUGGCAGGCGGUCCUGGCUAUGGGCUGCAACUUGGACCAGGUGAAGUUAGCUCUCCUGCAGGUAGACAUGCGUGUGCAGAUGGCUGAGACAGCUGUGGCGAGCAAGUGCAGCAGAGCUGGGGCAAUACACUGCCUGUGUGGGGAAGUGCUCAAACCCUGGGAUCUGGGGGAGAAGGGACUCCAGACAGGAAGCACCAAUACAAUCCCUGAGACAGCGCCACCAGCGACCCCAGGAAGUGAUGGAAACACCAACACAAUGGAUGAGACAACGCUAUCACCAACCCUAGAAAGCGAUGGAAGCACCAAUACAAUCCCUGAGACAGCGCCACCAGCGACCCCAGGAAGUGAUGGAAACACCAACACAAUGGAUGAGACAACGCUAUCACCAACCCUAGAAAGCGAUGGAAGCACCAAUACAAUCCCUGAGACAGCGCCACCAGCGACCCCAGGAAGUGAUGGAAACACCAACACAAUGGAUGAGACAACGCUAUCACCAACCCUAGAAAGCGAUGGAAGCACCAAUACAAUCCCUGAGACAGCGCCACCAGCGACCCCAGGAAGUGAUGGAAACACCAACACAAUGGAUGAGACAACGCUAUCACCAACCCUAGAAAGCGAUGGAAGCACCAAUACAAUCCCUGAGACAGCGCCACCAGCGACCCCAGGAAGUGAUGGAAACACCAACACAAUGGAUGAGACAACGCUAUCACCAACCCUAGAAAGCGAUGGAAGCACCAAUACAAUCCCUGAGACAGCGCCACCAGCGACCCCAGGAAGUGAUGGAAACACCAACACAAUGGAUGAGACAACGCUAUCACCAACCCUAGAAAGCGAUGCAAGGGACUUCUGCAACCCAGACCCUUGUGGAAAAAAACUGGCUAGAUGUGUGGCUUUAUAUAGCACUUUUACCUGCAGCUGCCCAUAUGGAUUCUACUAUAGCAAUGAGAAUUGUCAUGCAGGGAAAAUAUACCCAGGGGUCGCUACACUGAGUGAAUCUUACAGUAGCAGUGUUCACAUUGUAAAUUCUCCGGAAUACGAACAGAUGUUGAAAAAUGUAACAACGUGGUUUAAGAAUGCCUUCAAAGGUUUAGAAGGCUUUGCAGAGACUGUCAUCACGAAAAUUCAACGCAUUCAGGAAGAAAGCAGAGCUUCUUCUCCAGUGAGUGUAACAGUGACAAACCUGUUUAUGGACAACUCAAAUGUAACCAAUGAAACAGUUAGGACUGCAAUAGAACGUGAAAUGGAAAUAUCGACCUAUGUCUCUGGUUACACAGGGACAACAUACUGUGCUGUUUUCAAUUGUAAUAAUGAAACCACAGACUGCAAAGAAGCUGUGUAUCCAGAAUGCGUAUGCAGAAGUGGUUUUACAAAGACAGAAUGGGAUGAACGCUCUUGUUCAGCUCCUCAACGGCAGAACAUGAGAGACCGAAGAGUCCUUGACUUAGGUUGUCCAGUGGGCUACUCUGGGGAUGAGUGCAAGAACAAUAUGGAACUCAUUCUUAUAAUAGUGGGUACAGUGCUUGGAGCCAUAAUCCUGAGUUUGCUGAUAGCAGUCUCUGUUGUUUCAGUAAGAAACAAACACACGCAAGAUCCAGAGCAGAAAAGCCUGCUAAAGUCAGGAUAUUCGAACUCAAAUACCUAUGCUGAUAGACAGACCACGAUGUUCCCCAGAGUCCAGACCACUUCUGGCCACACGAACCCAGUGUAUCAGCCAAACAACCCAUACGAGAAGCAUUCCACGAACAGAAGUCAAUUUCCUGAGAGAGAUUAUGAUGAUUUGUAUGAAAUAUCACAGGGACAUGAGGGCUUUAGGAUGCAGAGCAAAUAUUAAGCGACCAGAGUGGUAGAAGGAUGGAUGACCACCACGGCAAUUUGUCAGACUAAAUCAUUUCACAGCCUCUCACCAAUGCAGACACUUCAGCAGAAGAGACAACAAAAUCCAUAGCCCCAGCUUCUCUGAAGAUUUUCUAAAGGAAGACCCCUGCUUGAAAGAGAUCAUGGACAACUCUCUGAAAUAAGAGAAAAGUGAAGCAGAGGGUAGGAAGAAGACAAUGACUUUCAAAAGAAUUAACAAUCUCCAAUGAACACCAGAAUUCUUUCAGGCCAGUAGAAUGGCAAGAAAGUGAGUGUAGACAAAAUACCAGGGGUUUAACCUUCUGGUUUUCCGUUCUUCUGGAAGAUGGUCCAGGCAAUAUGUGUGAUGCUGAAAAAUGCCAUCACCCUGAUCUUUGCUCGUAUUCGUGCUCACCCUAUUUCAGCUAGAGGCAGCCUGCUUUGGGAAGAUCAAAACUGUUCUUCAUGAGAACCUAACCUUUUUCUCUAUCCUAUAUCAGAUACAGUCUUUUCCCCCUUCUAAACCCCCUAAAAUGUCCUAUCUGAAAGCAUUCUGUUCAGAUCUUUGCUGACGUGUUGUGAGAGACAAUGAUACUUGUCCGAUCUUUUACACAGCCUUCCUUCCCAAUACAAUGACAAAAAACAACAUCUUCAGACAAACACUAUUGUUAUUCAUCUUGCACAA